GCUCCUUGUCAGCGUGGCCCCGCCUGCGCAGAGCCCAUUGGCUGCCAUAUCCGCCAAUCGCCCUGCGGUUGCUAAGGGGCGGCGGCCCUGUGCGAGACGCCGGCCAAGAUGGCGGCCGCGGCGGAGCAGGCUGCCAUGGUGGAGCUGGUGGAGCUGCUGGCCCCGGCGGCGGGCGAAGCGGCCCGGGCGGGCGCGGCGGAGGCUGCGCUGGCGCUGUCCGGGGAUGCGGCGGGGCGGCGGCUUCUGGCGGGGCGACCAGAGGCCCUCACGGCGCUGCUGGAGCUGGCGGCGGGGCCUUACCCCCCGGCCGGGCCCUGCCCGCCGGCCGCCCGCCACGCUCUGGGCUGCCUGGUGAACGUCUCGGCCGAGCCGGAGGCCCGAGAGCCGCUGCUGGCCGGGCUGCACGCCCUGCUGAAUCUGCUGCCGGGGGGAGCUGCUUGCGGGGUGCUCGCCAACCUGUGCCGGGAGCGGGAAGCGGCCCGACGGGUGCUGCAGGGCCUGCGGGAGCGCGGUACCGGGAUGGAUCCGCUCCUGCAGGCCCUGGGGGAGCCCCAGCCGCCGCCGCAGCUCGGGCCGCUGCUCUGCAACCUCAGCCAGCUGCCCGAGGGACGCCGCGGGCUCCUCGACCGUUCGCGGUGCUCGGUGCAGCGGCUGCUGCCCUUCACGCAGUACCGGGACUCCGUGAUCCAUCGCCGGGGCAUCGUGGGGGCCCUCAGGAACUGCUGCUUCCAGUACGAGGACCACGAGUGGCUGCUGAGUGAGGAGGUUGACAUCCUGCCCUUCCUGCUCCUGCCUCUAGCAGGCCCUGAGGAGUUUCCUGAGGAGGAGAUGGAACGGCUUCCUGUGGAUCUCCAGUACCUGCCCCAGGACAAACAGAGAGAGGAGGAACCAGACAUCAGGAAGAUGCUUCUAGAAGCCAUCAUGCUGCUGACAGCCACCAAGGCCGGCCGCCGCGCCCUGAGGGACAGGGGCACCUACCCGGUGCUGCGGGAGCUGCACCGCUGGGAGCGGCACCCCGGGGUGCUGCUGGCCUGCCGCAAGCUCAUCCAGGUGUUGAUUGGGGAUGAGCCUGGCCCUGGCAUGGAGAACCUUCUGGAAGUGAAGAUCCCUGAGGAGGUGGAGCAGGAGCUGCAGCGCCUGGACAGGGAAGAGGAGCAGCAGCAGGAAGGGGAGCAGGAGGAGCCCCCGCGGUGAGGAGCUGCCCUGCUCCAUGUCACCCACAGACUGCCCCCACUGUCACCCCACGGCGGGGGGCAGCUGGGCCCCAAACCCACCACUGCUGCUGGGGGGCACCUUGUGAUUUGGGGGGGGUGGUCCUGCAGGGCAGGGAUUCCCCCUGACUUCCCAGGGGCUGGAAUUCCCAGGGGCAGA